CCAUAUUUUUUCAAUAUGCAUUUGUCUUAUCUUUUUUUCUUGCAUUUCAUUAUUCUCAAUUAUUGUCCAUUUAUUACUUCUGUAACUUAUUCUUCAACAAAUGUUCUUACCCAAGGCUCAUCAAUCUCUGUUGAAAGCCAAGAUCAUUUGGUUUCACCUAAUGGGCUUUUCACAGUCGGGUUUCACCAGAUUGGCCAAAAUGCUUACUUCUUCGCCAUUUGGUUUUCUGAGCGUAUGGCGGAUGGUAGUCACACAUUUGUUUGGAUGGCAAAUAGAGAUGAACUUGUUAAUGGAAAACGUUCCAAGUUUUGCUUAUCCAAAUCCGGGAAUCUUGUUCUAACAGAUGCGGGUAACCGAAUUUGGAUGAGCAAUACUAAAUCUACAUUCUCUUUGCAAUUGCAACUCCUUGACUCGGGAAACCUUGUUCUUAAAGAGUUGGGAAAAAAUACAUAUAUUUGGGAAAGCUUUAGUUUUCCAACUAACACCAUUCUUCCAAAUCAGCUUUUCACCAAAGAUACCAUCCUUGUAUCAUCACGAAGUUUGACAAAUUUUUCCUCGGGUUUCUACAGUUUCUACUUUGACAAUGACAACAUAAUCCGCAUUGUUUACAACAGUGACGAAAUAACAAGUGUGUAUUGGCCUAAACCAUGGUUAUUAACAUUGCAAGCAGGAAGGUCUCCUUUCAACAAUAGUAGAUACGCUUUCCUUGAUUCCUUAGGCCGUUUCAUUUCCACAGAUAAUUACACCUUCGCUACGUCUGAUAACGGCCUUGCCCUUCAAAGAAGAAUGACACUAGAUGUUGAUGGCAAUGUUAGAGUUUAUACCCUUAAAAACAGAAAGUGGAUUGUUUCAAGCCAAACAAUUUCGAAACCAUGUCUCAUUCACGGAAGUUGUGGCCAAAACAGCCUUUGCACAUAUAGUCUUAACUCCGAAAGGAGAUGCACUUGCUUGCACGGAUAUGAGGCAAAGAACCACUCAGAUAUAUCAUUUGGGUGUAAACCUACAUUUGAUCUUAAUGGAGAUCGUGAAAAGUAUGACUUCUUAAGACUCCCCUAUACAGAGUUUUAUGGAUUUGAUUCUUUGUAUAUGGAGGGGGUUACAUUUAAAGUUUGCAAGGAGGCAUGCUUGAAUGAUACCAGUUGUAAAGCCUUCCAAUAUACCUUUAACCAAGUAAUAAUGACCUUCAAAUGCUAUUUGAAAACUUUGUUAUUCAAUGGUCAUACCGUGGAUACUCCUUUUACAACUUAUAUUAAGCUACCUAAGAAUAACGUAUCGGCAUUUAAUCUAAAAGCUACUAAUCAGUCUGAGUUAAAUUGCUCGAGUUCUAUAAUCAAACUCGAACGAACAUAUGUGGGAAAGAGUGAAAAUGGAUCCCUCAAGUUCAUAUUGUGGUUCAGCAUUAUUCUUGGUGUAACGGAAGCUACAUGCUUUGUAUUCUUCUAUUAUAUUACAAGGCAAUCAUCAAUCGCAACAACCCAAUCCUACCUUGCAAUUGCUACCGGAUUCAGAAGGUUUACAUAUGACGAGAUUAUUAAGGUGUCUAAUAAUUUCAUACACGAGAUUGGGAGAGGUGGUAGCGCUGUCGUAUACAAAGGUAUACUACCUGACGGGAGACUGGUCGCAAUUAAGAGACUCCAUGAAGCUAGCCAGGGAGAAGCUGAAUUUUUAGCAGAGAUGAGUACAAUUGGGAGGAUAAACCAUAAGAACUUGAUAGAAACAUAUGGUUAUUGUGCCGAAAGGAAGCAUAGGAUCUUGGUCUAUGAGUACAUGGAGAAUGGUUCAUUAGCACAUAACUUGCGUGCUAAGAAACUUGAUUGGCAGAUGAGAUUUGAUAUUGCAAUUGGUGCCGCAAAAGGGCUAGCUUAUUUGCAUGAAGAAUGCUUGGAGUGGGUUUUGCACUGUGAUGUCAAACCACAUAACAUAUUGUUAGAUGACGACUAUAAUCCAAAGGUGGCUGACUUUGGUUUGUCUAAGCUAUUCCACCAAGGUGUAAUAGAUAAUUCUAUCUUUUCAAGGAUUAGAGGGACUAGAGGGUAUAUGGCUCCAGAAUGGGUGUAUAAUCUUCCAAUCACUUCAAAAGUGGAUGUAUAUAGCUAUGGAAUUGUUGUGCUAGAGAUGAUAACGGGACGGGAUCCCACAUGGGAUCAAGGAAGCAAUGAUAACAAAAGGGUAGAUCAGAAAACGCUUGUAAGUUGGGUGAGGGAAAAGGUCGACGAGCCUGGCAAAAAUUUGACAAACGCACAAAUAUUGGAUAUAUUGGAUCCUACAAUGAAGGAUGAAUAUGAAGAUAAUCAGAUGAAAACUCUUCUAAAAGUGGCUUUGCAAUGUGUUGAAGAAAAUAAGGACGUGAGACCAACUAUGAGCGAAGUUGUGAAGAUACUUCUCAAUCUAGAAAUGGAUUAUUAAUCUCAUUAGCCUUUGGUCUAGCAAUUACUUAGCUACGUUGUAUGUGGGGACUUGUUAAUAACAAAUUUGAUAUAUGUAAAGCCCGAGAAGUCCAACAAAUUUGAAAA